AUGAUUGAGCUUUUAUCUAACGAAGAUUUAGAUACUUAUGAAGCUCAAGAGAUGAUUAAUAAACUUGACAAAUCUAAGACAUUUUUAGAGAAUUUAAGAGAAAAAUGUAACAAAGAUUUGAAAUAUUUACAAAGUCAACAACAACAAUUGGCAAAGAAAGAGAAAGUUAAUACUGAAUUGAAGGUUGGAGAUAACAAUGAAAACAAAUUAAACAACAAAACUGUCGAGAAUAAAGAUACAAUGGAUAAAAGUAAUUCCAUUGAUGAUUUAUCAGAUGUUGAAGAUGUUGUAAAUCUAAUGUCACUAGGAGAUGACAGAGGAGAUUAUUAUAAAUUUAUCACCAACAAUGGUGAAAGGCAUAAAUUUUAUCACGAAAAUAAAUCAGCAAAACUUGAUUUUGGAUUGAACGAAAUUAAAGACUUUCCUAAUUGGAUUAAUAUGGUCAAAAGAUUUCUAAAGAAAUGGAACUUUGAUAACAUCACUAAAUGUAAUUCAGCUGAUGAUAUUCCAUUAGUAGAACAUAAAAUUAUUACCCUGGUUAUCCAAGAAUCUUUAGGAAACGGCUUUAAUAGAUGGAAAAAUAAUUAUGU